ACUCGUUCGUUUUCUACGUAGCGUCGGAAAAAGAAAAAGAAAAAGAAAAAGAAAAAAAACGAAGAAGAUGAAGAAGACAUAGAAGAUAAGGAAUAGAACAGAUAUAAAAAAAUUAAUACUGGAAAAAGCAAUAGAAACGAGAAAGUAUAAGCAUAACAAAAGCAAAAAGAGAAGAAGAAAAGAAAUAAAGAAAUGAACAAUAUAACUAUGCAAGAGAUACGUAAAUUAAAUGCAUUGGUACUCGAAGGAUUAUAUAUACAACGAGAAACAGCUGAUGCUACCCGGCGACUUGGUGACCCAUGGAUUACUCGAGGUUCUGCCAAGUCGUCGGUUUCUGAUUUUCGCCAGAGUGAAGCAGCAAAACCUGAGAGACGACGAUCAUCGUGCACUUUCGUAUUCUUCCGAGCACGGCGUGCCAACGAAAGAUUCGAUAGAUCGAGUUCGACAACAACGAUUGAACGAUUGCUUUUCGAAGAGGAUAAUUGAUCCGAGAAUCAAAUCACGCGGAAGAUCAUCAUGGACGACUUAAAAUCGAGUUACUCCUAACCGGCUGUUAUUAUUCCCCAUUGUCGUCACGAAACUGCAUUCUCCUCUCUCUCUCUCUCUCUCUCUCUCUGCUCCUCUGUCUCUCUAUCAUCCCCUCUCUUCCUUUUUCUCUCUCUCUCUUUUUCCUAUCGGUCUCUAUGUCUCGCAUUGUGUAUUGAUUACUGAAUAGGCGGUUGCUUUAUUGUCGUAUCUACGUUACUAAUACACUCGCUUGUCAGAAUCUCGCUUGUACGUAUUCGUUCUAUUCAAAGUAUUAUAAAUGUUGGUUAAAGUUCUUACUUUCAAAGAAGGUUGAUAAAUCUUCAUUUAUCGUCUUUGAUAUCGUUUUAUUUACAUACUUUACCUUUGUAUUAUAAAUUAAUAAAUUAAGUAGAAAAUAUAAUAAAUUGAAAAAAGAAAAAAAAGAAGAGAACACUUAUUCAAUUAACAAUACCAACGUCCAAUAGCGAUCAGUAGUUUCGAUUGAUUACCGAGUAGACUUUUACUUUUACAAGAAUCAAUUACAAUUACGAUCUCGUUCUCGCAGACAAUUUUCAAGCCUUCCAGAAAUGCAUUUCUUGUUUUUUGUCUACGACAGCAGCUGCAACAUCGACUGUUUUUCGUGUGAACUACCCUUUAAGUAGCGACAAACCAGAUAGACCGCCGGACGAGUCACUCGACCGGUAAGGUAGGUCACUGUCAAUGUUUAAUGAGUUUUAAACUUACACUUGAACGAAGUGAUCGGCAAUUGCGCAUAAAUACAACCAAGAUGUGUCUCGAGUUCGAUAUUAUUUCUUUUUAAGUUCCUUAGAUGUUAAUCUUCCUUUUCUUAAUCCUCUUAUAUAUUUUCCAUUAUCAUGUUUUUUUAUCCGAUCUUUAUAUAAUCGUUCGAAUCGUGAAAAUUUACGAGUGGCGAAUAUCAAUUUAUUAUGUUAUUAUGGUUUUGUUCCUCCAUAUAUUUCUGUUUAAUUAUAUGUUCAUAUUCCUUUCGAUUUAUGAACACAGCUGCAUCCUUUCAAAAAAAUUGUGGACAUCGAUAGCAUCGUUUCCUUUCGUCCUUAAAAGGAAGACAUCGGUCCAAAUAAUUCCUAAAUUUGUUGACAAAUCGAAAGAUAUACGCGUGGAAGAGUUAUAUCAUUGGGGAUAUCAUCAACGAUAAUAUUAACGCUCUUUUCUCUAAGGAUGUUGCAAAGCUAUCGACUGCGAGAAUGGUAGGGAGCUGCAAGCGUCAUUUUGCAGCCAGGUGAUGCAGCACGUGACCGCCAGAUGGCAAAGAGGACAUCUUCUUGUCCUUGCGUUGCACCUCUCGUUGCAAUCCUUGAGGAUCGAUAGAACGAUCUUUUUUUG